AUGAGUGCGAAGAAACAAGCAGUGACGCAGUGCACACUUCAUACGGUAAAAACGCUUGUAACUCUCGUGGUGUUGGCGUUGAUUGUACUUGCUAUGUUAUUUAUCAUGAACACCGUUAGCACAUCCAAAACGCGAGUUAACGAAAAUGACGAAACAGAAGACCAUCUUUCCUUGGCUGCUCAGCUUCACUUACCAAAAGCUAUAAAACCAUUGGGUUACGAUCUCAGAAUGCAGACCUAUUUGCCUUCCUAUGUUGAUUUUCCAGCCAACAAAAACUUUACAUUUGAAGCAGAGAUCAACAUUGACCUUGAUGUCACUGAAGCGGUAGACAAGAUUGUGCUUAACAUGAGAAAUCUCACAAUAGACAAGGAUAAGAGUGAGCUUUACGUGAAUGGCAAAAAAGUGGCGAUUGCAAAGAUUUUUGUGCAAAAGAAAUUGGAAGAAGUUGGAAUAGUGCCAACAUCACCCUUACAGAAGGGAGAACAAGCAAAAUUGAAGCUCUCAUACACAGGCCCGAUUAACAAAAAUCUCGGAGGUUUAUAUCGUACAGUGUACAAGGAAAGCGAUGGCUCUCAGAAAAUAGCUGCUGUAACCAUGAUGGCACCAUUGGAUGCGCGCAGCAUGGUUCCUUGUUUUGACGAGCCUGAAUUCAAAGCUUCAUGGAACGUCACGGUUAUUCAUCCUUAUGGAACCAUAGCAAUCUCCAACGGAAUCGAAGAGACAAAGGAAAGGAUUGGUGACUGGGUGAAAACCAAAUUUGUCCCAACACCCAGAAUGUCGUCGUAUCUCCUAGCGCUGUUGAUCUCUGAGUUUGAGUACAUCCAAGGUAAAACCAACUCCAACGUACUGUUCCGCAUUUGGUCAAGAAGGGAGGCAAAAUCAAUGACAAAGUAUGCGCUUCAAGCAGGAAUCAAAUGCCUUGAGCUCUACGAGAGCCUGUUCAACUAUAAGUUUCCUCUGAAAAAGCAAGACAUGGUGGCUCUUCCUGAUUUUACCGCAGGUGCAAUGGAGAACUGGGGCAUGAUAACAUACAGGGAGAAGUAUCUUCUAUACGACGACGUUUUAUACAGCCAAGACAACAAACGUUUAGUGAUGACAGUUGUUGCACAUGAACUUGCUCACCAGUGGUUCGGCAACCUUGUUACUUUGAAAUGGUGGAAUGACGUGUGGCUUAACGAAGGUUUUGCCACUUAUCUCGAAUAUGUUGCUGGGAAUAAAAUCGAUAACUGGAUGGAGACGGAGCAGUUCUUCAUAAUCGAGCAGUUGGAAAAAAGCAUGGAUAUAGACUCUCUCUCUUCGAGUCAUCCGCUUUCUUUUAAAAUUGAUACAGCUAAUGAGGUACACGAAGCAUUCGACCGUGUAUCCUAUGGCAAAGGUGCCGCUGUGCUCAAGAUGAUAGCAGCUGUUACAGGAAGGAAGAACUUCAUGAAGGGUGUCGAUAGAGCAGAGGAUAAGGCGGAAGUGAUAUGGCGCUUCGAAAACUUUCCUAGAAAGCAACUCCAAAGUUCUUUUAAUGGAUCAUUGCCAGUGCUGCUCUUCGAUGUGGUGCAAGCCUUCGAAAAGCUGUGUCUUACAAAGCAGGAGAGGGGAGAGAAGCUGUUUCUAGAAGAGCCAUUAUAUAUUCGACUGACUGAACCAGCAAAAGCAUUCGUCAUUAACGCCGGUCGACAUGGUUACUACCGUCAAAAUUAUGGUAAACAAGGCUGGAAGAAAAUAGCCGAACAGUUGAAAGCUAAUCACAAGAUAUUUAACAUAUUCACAAGAAAUGCAAUCAUCAGCGAUGCAUUUGCGGCAGCACUUCUGAAUAAGGUUUCGUAUGAUACUAUAUUCUCUCUCCUUGGAUAUUUGAAAGAUGAAGAGGAUUUCUUGCCAUGGAAAGCCGCAAUUGUUAGGUUUGAAGAUAUACUGCAAUACUUUGGCAACGAACAAGAGGCAAAGUAUGCCAAGCAAUUUAUGCUUAAACUGCUGGAACCUAUUUAUCAGAAGAGCAAAGAUCUCAACAAGUUCGAAAGCAGUUAUAAACAGGAGCGCAAGUUCCUGAAGAAUCUUCUUUAUGAGAACGUGAUCAACACCGUAUGUUCUCUUGGAUCGAGAGAAUGUAGAUCCAAUUACAAAAAAUUAUUUGAUGAAGAAGUCAUGGCGUGUAAAAAUGGUGAGAAGGCAAGCACAUGUGUCAGGAUUGUUGCUCCACUUCGUCGCGACACUUAUUGCUAUGGAAUUGUAGAGGGGAACGAUACAGCCUUCAAAAAGGUAUCAAAACUUUGCGAAGUUGAGACAAUACAAAUAGAAAAAGAUAGACUGCUGGAGGCUUUGGGCUGCAGCAGACAUGCUCCUUCACUAAAAAAGCUCAUGCUGUUGUCCGUUACAAGGAGGUUGCCAUAUGUGCGGCUCCAAGACGUCAUUACCAUUUUUAGAAGCAUCAAAAAGAACCCAGUAGGUCGCGAAGUCAUGCUCAACUUUGUACUUGAACGAUGGAACGAUAUAUAUGACGGGUUGAUGCCUGAGCGUAUCACUAUCGGAGAAAUCAUUGAAUUAGCUGCGGUUGGAAUAAGAUCACAAUAUCAGGUUGAGCAGUUGAAAUCACUGAGGAAACAUGGCAAGCAUGCUAACGAAUUUGGCAAUUUCAAAAAAGCAAUAGAGGAUUCUGAACACCAAGUCGAAUGGAUCAGCAGACAUUUUCAGAACUUGUCAGCUCUUUUUAAGGAACUUUCUCAGUAA